CUUCACUCGUACUCCUUGCCUUAUCCCAACUCGAACUGUUUCAAUAUGUACUCAACAGCACAAACUUUACCAACACUCAUUCUUGAGCCUAUCUUUUUGAAGCUUGCUUGCAUUGGCGGGAUGUGGCCCUUGGAGCCAUCUUCAGAUAUGCUACUGUCGGCAGACAUCACAGAGGCACCGAGCCUGGACUUGGUCAUUGCUACUAGUGUCCGAUUUGUGAUGCUGUCAUUCGAUUUGCGCGACAUUCUCGAUGGCACAGCUAUUGAUGAGCUCCUCGUUGGCCACGUAUUCCCAUCUGUCGCUGUUAUCCACCUGCACCUUCGCUCGACACCUGCCGAUAUUGGUGCAAAGCUGCUCGAGGAAACAGCAAACGCCAUCCGAUUUUGCAACGCCGUGGACAACAUCUUUCCUGGAGCCAAACGUGUGAUCAUCCAGUGUGCCAACCUAGUGAACUGGUUUAUUGACGAACUCUUUUCCGGUCUAAUGAGAGGCAAAACCUGCAUUAGAAUCGGUGAUGGGCAGGUAACAUCGUAUUCUGUUGAUCCAGGCAGCAUUCUUUGUCACAGUACCGGGCCCCUCCGUACGCUCGUUGCGUUUGGGAUAGGCGAAGGCUCCCCAGUGGGUGAAAUAAUUAGGAGGAACUCUGGGACACUGGAAGUACUUCAUUUUGGCACCAUGGAUCCUAAUGUAGUCCGCACGAUUCUGUUCAACAACGACGGCACACCAGUUGUUUAUGACCGGCUAACUACUCUGUACAUAGUGGACCACUGUGAGCAGAUCACAUACGCUAACAAUUUCCUUAUGCCGUCAGAUGGUUCCACGUUCCCAAUGCUGGAGUCACUCGUGUUUACAUCCCAAUCUCCAGGCCUAUAUGAAUUUCUGGCCCGAGGAACUGGGAGAUUGUUGACUAAAAUUGACUUUUUUUCAAAUCACUCGACGAUUGAGCGCCUAAUUCGGUAUGGUUUCUUCAACCCAGAGCGCUACCCGGCGAUAAAAAGUAUUCUGUUUGCAUAUGAUGGCAGCAGGGAUACAUCGGAACCUUCACUGAAUCCGACCAGCCUUGCACUUCGACUCUGCCGCAACGCAUGCAAUGCCAUGGUGAUUGGUGAUACUAUCACUUGGCUUGAUGACCAUCUACUCGACCUUGACAAUCUCAACCCGCAUGUUCAGACCCUUCGACUGCCAUUUAUGACCCGUCCAUUCCUGCGUCGAUUGGGAAUCGCAGUCGAUUUACCAGACGAGCAAAUGAGCCAGUGCUCAGAGCAUGCUGGCUGCAGUGCCACAUGUGCUGUGCCAAGGACAGAUGGAAUCGGUCAUGGUUCAGAUGAUACCCCUACAAAUGAUAUCCGAGCGCUUUAUCCACACUCCACAUUGCCUUAUUCUGCACGGAUAGCAAGACUUGACCUCUACGUUCAACAUUUCUGCAUGACCCUUGUUCACUUAUUCCUUCUAUGUCCUAACUUGCGCAGCUAUUGAUGGUGGUUUGAUCGGUAGCCUUCACACCAUACACCGCAGCCAGCUUCAAGAGUACGUCGGAAUUUAAGGAACUGGAGGCAAAACUGUUGGCAUUAGUAGCUGAUGCGUGAAUAGGAAAUAGAUUCUGGCACAUCCUA